AUGGCGCCCCUCCACCUCUUCGCCUACUCCACACUGCUUGGGGCCGAGUUGUAUCAAAGCUUUGUCAUGACCAAGCUCGCCUACAAAGCGUUACCAAACUCUUCUUUCACGACUUUGCAGAAGCGUGUCUUUCCGGUCUACUUUCAAGGUCAGACCUUGCUUCUUGGUCUGAUCGCCUUCACGCUACCGCCGCAGGGACCGAAGUCUGUAAUCAGCAGCAAGAGCAAUUGGAUCCCACUCACCGUAGCUGGAGGCACCGCAGCUCUGAACCUGUUUGUUUACGGACCGAGGUCGCAAAGGCUUAUGAUCGAGAGGGUUCACCAAGUUACCCGCGACUCAAAACACUCUACAGAUCCGGGCGAGCUUAGUGUUGAGAUGCAGAAUCUCAACCGUUCCUUCUCCCGAGCGCAUGCGAUGAGCAUACACUUGAACCUCAUGACCAUUAUUGCGACUCUAUGUUAUGGCUGGCAGGUGUCGAAGUUGAAUUUCGGGGUUGUAAGAUAA